CCUCCCCUUCCGGUCCGUUCCUCUCUGUCUCCCCCGGACGCACGUGUGUUUGGGCCAAGUAAAGUUGGGAGCUGCGGCGGAGCCGUCCGUGAGGCUGCUGUGUCCGGACGCGCGGGGCUGGUGGCCGGGACAUCGCCAUGCCUAAAGGACUGAAAGGAAAGAUUGUAGGUCGGGAAAAGAAAGUCAUCCAUCCGUACAGCAGGAAAGCAGCUCAGAUUACAAGAGAGUCCCACAAACAAGACAAGAAGGAAAGAUUGAAGACUGAGAGGGCCUUGCGUCUCAACCUUAUUGGUGACAAACUUCAGUGGUUUCACAGUCAUCUGGAUACAAACAAAACGAGAUAUACAAAGAAGGAUGCCUGUGAAUUAAUUGAAAGGUAUUUGAGUCGAUUCAGCAGUGAGCUGGAGCAGAUUGAGCUGCAUAACAGCAUCAAGGACAGACAGGGAAGGCGCCACCAUUCCCGGGAGGCUGUCAUCAAGCAGACGAUGGAGCGGGAGCGGCAGCAGUACGAAGGUUAUGGCUUCGAGAUUCCCGACAUUUUAGAUGCUAAUAAUCUGCAGACUUUUCGGCAAUGGGAUUUUGAUCUGAAGAAAUUGCCGAACAUCAAAAUGAGGAAACUUUGUGCUAAUGAUGCAAUUCCUAAGAAGCGCAAACCGAAAGCCAUGUUAAAUAUAGAAAUAGAUUUAGGGGGAUUAGAACUAACUGGGGAAAUUGGAGACUCUAAAGAUGGGAAAUUGGAAUCAGCAAGUGAAGCAAGUGACUCGGAUGAAGAAAUGACUCCAGUGCCUGCCUGCCCUUGAAAACAAAAGGAAGCCACGCAAGACCCUCAUGUCCUGCUCAUUGAUUAUGGUAAAUAAUCAAUCGUGUAUGGGCCAGUUUGCAGCCAAGCCUGACUGCCAGAGUUUGAUUCCCAGAAUCCAUGGGAUGAAAAGAACAGAUGCUACAAGUUUUCUUCUGACCUUACACAAAUAAAUAAAUAUUUUUAGUAAUUAUUUAUA